AUGGCUUGCGCACCAUCAAGAUCAGGAGGAGCGCCAAGACUGCCAGAUCCACCAGUGCGAGAUAGACGGAAUGAAGAUGAAGGCGAUGUAGGACCUAGUGGUUCAGAAGGACCAAAAGGAGCAUUGGGAAAAUCUGGGAAUCUAAGCGCAAGUGAUCGAGGCGACGAAGGAAAAAGAAGAAUGAAAGGACCGAAAAGUCAAGGACCAAUAAGAAUUAUGAGCGGAUAA